AUGCCGGACAUCGAUCCAGCUGCGCUAAGCCGCUCGGACUCAAUAUCUGCAGCCUUUCCAGGCGCCCUAUCCCUCAAACAACCGAAUGGGAUCUCAGCGCUGCCUUCCCAGAAGGCAAUCAAAACAGUCAGCGCCGCGCAGCGCAUCGAUCUAGAGCCAUAUUACACUAGCCUGAAAGGUGCUAUUGGGGAGAAUUUUGCGAAGUACAAGGAAGCCAUCUGUCUUUUCAUACUCGGCCAUCUCAACCAAAACGAGCUCUCCUUCCAAAUAGACCACUAUGUGACUGCGGACCCAAAUACCGAACAUUUACACAACCAAUUGAUAGCAGGCAUAUUUGCCAAUGUUGGUCGCGACCUUCCCGAACCUGGCGUUGCACCAUGGGUCUCAGCGAACGACAAGCCAACGGUGCUUGCCAAGCCUGUGUCUGGAGAUGCAGCGGAGCAGAGACUGAAGAUGGAGAUUAUGCGCUUGCCGGCGCGGGAUCGGCGGAGACUGAAAGAGGUGCCCGAUGGCGAAACGUACGACAAUGUCUCCCAUUCGGUGGUCACCUCAAUGAACGACUACCAUGCUGCAAAGAUGAUCAGGCUCCCAGACAGUGUUUCCGCGAGCGCAGGUGGACUCAAUAAGACAAACUGGGACCUUGAAAUCCGCAAACGCUACUCCCAGCCCCUCGCCAGUGAAACCGGCGAGUUUCCCGACGUGGACACAAUCCACAACCGCAUGGUCCCUAUCUGCUACGAACAAUCGCUACCUAAUGGGCCAUCUGCCGCCUGCGCCGAAUUUAUGGCGACUGCUACAGAACAGUACAUAAAAUCUGUCGUCGGCUCGGUGUUAGCCAAAACGCGAAGCAACCUUGCAGGCGCGGCUGGUUCAAUAUCCAUAACCACGCACCGCUACCGGCAACAGCUUGACAGAGAAGAAGAGAUGCUAUCCAAAGGGGAAACAUCGAGAGGCAUGGUGACCAAUCUCUUGCCGGCAGAGGCCAAAGAAGCGGCAGCCAGGAGACCGCUGGGAAUGGAUGAUUUCCGAAUCGCAUUGGAAGUUGGUGGAGCUUGUGGUAUUGGUCAGAUGCCGACGAUUGUGCAGAACAUAAUGGGCGGCUGGCCAGAAGGGGUCCUGGAAGGAUGGGGCAGACAUCCUGACGAGGACGUGGAAAUACAAGAUGUGGGGAUGGAGCGAAGCGGUGCCCGGGUGAACGGAGUCUCGACUAACAGUGUCCAUGUAAACGGGAACGUACCCGCGGAUCAUGAGAAUUAUGGCUGGGAAGGCGGCUCGGCAAAGGAUCGAGAAGGUCUCUUUUCGCUGUUGGACGAGUGCUUGGCAAUCGGGCAAUGA